AGCUGCUCCAAUUGCGCUGCCAGGAUUAAUGAUGACCACUCAAUCAUGGCGCUGGCAUCAUUGGGAAAGUGGUUUUGUGAUUGACUGUGUCUUGCUUCCGGUGGCUACAAAGCAAGCGUCGCUCGCCCUUGCCUAAAAUGGUGAAGGUGUGCAGCGCGAUUGCUUGUUUCACUCUCGCGCUUGUGCGCAAUCUUCGUGCGGAACACCCGGCCUCGAAUUGCGAUGCUGAUGCCGGGUCGCUGCUCCAGCGCGCGAAGCAGGAACGACUCUUCGGCGGCAGACGCUUGAGUUUGGCCGAGCGGCUGGACGACUGCAGCGUCCUCCCGUGGGAUUGCCAGGAGGGCACGGAUACUUCCCUUGCAGCGCUGCAGAUGAUCAAUCUCAACGGCAACGACCAAUGUGACCAUUCCGAGAUCAAGCGCUUAGACCUUGUUACGGGGACCUACACCACAGUCUGCAAGUUCACGCAGGGCUACUGCUUCAACGCCUGUGGCAUCAACCCCGCGGACUCCAAGAUCUAUUGCGCCUCCUGGGGCCCCGCGCUGAACACUCUCGGAAGGAGCGAUCCCAGGGCACUGGUGCGGGUGGAAUGCCCCACGCCGACUGCAGAUGGUCCAGGAGUUGGAAAGGUGUGCGUGCUUGGGGAAACAUGGCCAGACGACCUGCUUAGCUUUUUUUGCCUUUUAGUGCUUCAACCAGCAAGCAGGUGACGUCUUGCCAAGGAGAUUGGGCGAACAUUCUCAGCAAGCUUUGGCCUUGACAGCAACUACUUUUAUCUUCUCAACGGAAAUGCAUACGUGGUGACGAACUUGAAUGUCACACCAGGCUACACCACUCAACCUGGAACAAAUUUGUCUGGCACUCUUCUUCGGGCUUUUCAAAGAAAUACGGCUGACUUGGUCAUCAUCGAGGCAAAUUUUGAUGGCCAGGGCACAGCAGAGUGGGCUGUCGGCUGCCGGGGCGACGACGUCUACAUUGAGUCGCUUGCGACCAGCACGCAAUACGAAAUUGCAAUGACCGGGAGCAGGCUGCCGGAGGAGAGAGGAGGUUCCGGCGCGCAGUGGUCGUUUGACAACAGGGUCUAUUGCGCUUACAACGCCGCUAUUGAUGGUGUGUUUGAGAUUGAGCUCGACCAGAUAGACAUUGCUGCGCGCACUGUUCCAGUCAGGGAGGUAAGUGCCUCAGAGGCGACAAAUUCAAACGACGGACUGAAUUGCAUCAACGCGCAAAGCCCCUUCCCCAACUCCACAAUACCUCCACCGACGACCACAACAACGACAACCACAACAACAACGACAACAACCACGACAACAACCACAAGCACAACUACAACAACGACGACAACAACAACCACCACGACAACCACAACUAC